AUGGCGAAUUCACAAAAGUCUUUAAUGCGAACUAGUGUUAGGUUAUUAUGUGCUCAAAUAUCAAAAGAACUACAAAAUAUAUUAAACCAAUUUAAAAAUAAAAAAACACGAAGAUGGUGGGUCAGGAAAUGGGUUUCAAGACGUGAUACGUUGGGCGCUAGUGAACGUUUAUUAAAAGAAUUAUCAACAGAAGAUGUAGAUUCAUACAGAAAUCAUUUAAGAUUGAAUAAAGAUCAAUUUGAAAUACUUCUAUAUCGGAUAACUACAAAAAUUCAAAAGCAAGACACAGUUAUGAGAGCUGCUUUACCAGCGCGUACAAAAUUGGAAAUUACUCUUCGAUACUUAGCUACGGGAGACUGGUUUUCUUCACUUGCUGCAUUAUAUAGAAUACCAAAAAAUAGCAUAUCCGUAUUUCUUCCAGAAGUUUGUACAUCAAUUUGUGAAUCUUUAAGCGAGUAUAUAAAGGUACCAAACACUGAGGACGAGUGGAAAAAAAUUCAAAACGAAUUCUAUACACGAUGGAAUUUUCCAAACUGUGUGGGAGCAGUGGACGGAAAACACAUUUUAAUCCGUUGUCCGAAAAACACUGGAUCCGAGUAUUUUAACUACAAACACUCAUUUAGUGUAAUAUUAUUAGCUGUUGUCGAUGCAAAUUACUGUUUUUCUUAUAUUGAUAUUGGUACAAAUGGUCGUGUAAACGAUGCUAGGGUUUUUUCAAAAUCAUCUUUUUACGAAGCACUUGAAAACAAAACGUUAAAAAUUCCAUCAAAUGGUGUAUUUGUGGCAGAUGAUGCAUUUCCAUUAAGAAAAGAUAUGCUAAAACCUUAUAGCAGAAUUAGAAAAUUGACUACAACUCAAAAAAUAUUUAAUUAUCGCUUGUCAAGGGCUAGGCGGACAGUGGAAAAUGCGUUCGGUAUUCUUACCUCUAGAUUUCGAAUACUUGAAAAACCUAUACCGAUUUUAGUUGAAAAUGUACCUAUAAUUAUUAAAACAAUUUGUACAUUACAUAAUUGGUUAAGGAAAACCUCAGAUGAAUAUUUUCAAACAACAUAUGCGGAUUCUGAUGAUUUUGAUGGAACACCAGCACAUUUAACAAAUUUAACGAAUUAUUCAAGCAAUCAUUACAGUACCUCUGCAGGGAUUUUACGUGAUACAUACGCAAACAAAUUUAUGACGACGGAAGCUGUACCAUGGCAGUUUAACAUGAUUUAA